GCUUUGUUUUCAAUGUUGGUGUGUAGUCAUGUGAUUUGCAUUUUCGUUCAUCAGUCCGCCAGCAUGGCUUCCGAGGAAGGUGUUGUGUUCUGUGUACCUGACUUUCCUUCGACCGUUUUCUUGACUCUCAAUGAACUUCGAAGCGACGGAAAGCUAUGUGAUAUAACGCUAAUUGUUGGGGAUCAAUAUAUAAAAUCUCAUCGUGUUGUGUUGGCAGCCGCUAGUCCAUAUUUUAAUGCAAUGUUUACGGGUUCUAUGGUCGAAAGCCGUCUCGACGAGGUGACUCUCCAUGGUAUUGAAUUCUCCGCUUUAGAAGAACUCAUUAACUUCUGUUAUUCCGGAAGGACAGAAAUAACAGUCGAUAAUGUGCAAAAUUUAAUGUGUGCUUCAAGUCUCCUUCAWUUAACGAGUGUUAAGCAAGCUUGUGUGGAGUUUCUUCAUCGUGUCUUGCAUCCCAGCAACUGUUUGGGCAUACGAAGUUUUGCUGAUACAUUUUGCUGYGGAGAYUUAGUCGAGGCAGCSGGUGUUUUUGCCAUGAAAAAUUUCUCUGAUGUUUCKAAAAGUGAAGAGUUUCUWGGUCUAGAUCCAGAUGAGUUGAAAGCACUAAUUUCCAGUGACGAUUUGAAUAUCAAAACAGAAGAAGAAGUCUUCGAAGCAGUGAUGUGUUGGACCGAGAAGGACACUGACGAAAGAAAAGAUUUUUUACCCGAACUUCUAAAACACGUCCGUCUGCCUUUAAUUCGCCCUCAAUACCUSUGCGAYUCAAUUGCAUCCAAAGAUCUUAUCAAAAACAACCUGACGUGUAGAGAUUUAGUUGACGAAGCGAAAGACUUCCUUCUMCUUCCUGAAAGACGGUCAGAGCAUCGCUCUCCACGUACAAGACCUCGGCGAUGCAGUGAAGCAGCAGGCUUGAUCUUUGCUAUUGGUGGAUUGAAUUCUUCAGGAGAAGCUCUGUCAACAGUAGAAACGUUUGAUCCUAUAACAGGACAAUGGGCUCCUGCUGAAAAGAUGAAUUCUUUGAGAACUCGWGUUGGGGUUGCUGUGCUAGGACAUAAGCUGUAUGCCUUGGGUGGAUUUGAUGGCCAUAAGAGAUUGAACACAGUUGAGUUUUAUGACCCUCAUAUUGGAAAAUGGAUCCUGACCACACCCAUGAACACCCGUCGCAGUGCGCUUGGAGCAGUUGUGAUGAAUGACAAGAUCUAUGUUGUUGGUGGGUAUGAYGGACAUAUCUCUUUGAGUACAAUGGAGUGCUUUUCACCUCAAACAAACUCAUGGAAUUUCCUUGCACCAAUGGAAAUGUUACGCAGUGCUUCUGGAGUUGCUGAACUAAAUGGCAAGUUGUUUGUUAUUGGUGGACACAAUGGACUGUCAAUCUUCAACACUGUAGAAGUUUAUGAUCCACAGACAGACAGUUGGUCUGCAGGACCGACCAUGAAUACACGACGCUGCCGAGUGGGUGUUGGUUCUCUAAAUGGUUGUCUAUAUGUUUGUGGGGGUUAUGACGGGAGUACUUUCUUAAACACAGUUGAAUGCUAUGACCCUAGUGUUGGCACAUGGAAGUUUGCUACUCCAAUGAAUAGCAGACGCAGUCGAGUUGCUGUGGUAACAGUUGGAGGGAAGUUAUUUGCCAUYGGGGGUUAUGAUGGUUUGACCAACCUUAACACUGUUGAAUGCUACGACCAUCAAUCUGACAAGUGGACAUUUAUCACACCAAUGUGUAAGCACCAGGGUGGAGUGGGUGCUGGUAUUUUACCUCGUGGGCCUAACUACAUGUAGAUAAUUAUUGUAAAAAAAUUAGGAAGAUGCUGAAGAUCAUGCAUAAAGUGGAAUCCAUGUACAUUGUAUCCACAGUGUUCACUGGAUUUGCAGCAUGACACACCUUACCAUGGCCACCUAAURCACCUUGGAACUUCAACUUUCAUCAUUUACAUGUUUAUUUUUAGCUGUAUACCUACCUCUUCUUGUGAUCAGCAGUUAUUCAGUCAUAAUGAAGGGGUUUUUCUUUCUAAGCAAACUUUUUUCUAACUGGUUAUCUUGUACAAAACUCGAAUGGCUACGGUAAGGUGUGCCCUGAUGUAAGAGAGAAAACACCACAGUAAUAAUGAUAAAAACAAAUGGAAAAAUACUUUCAGUUGCUUGUGCAAUCUUGGCAGUUGGCUAUGCCGUUUAAUCUAUGCAAAAAUGAGGUUCAGCUUUUAUUAAUACUGUCUAUAGAUAGAUAAGUUUCACAUGUCUAAGCCAUAAAUAAGUUAUGUCUAUCAUUGCAAGCUGAGCUUUUGCUUUGCUCCCUUACCAGUUUAAGAAAUUUGUGCAAGCAAGAUUAAUCAUUUCCAGCUCUGGAAAUGGCUUUAAUUUACRGUACUGUUAAUUCUAUGAUUUAUAAAAACUUAAAUUGUUUUUUCAUCUUUCAAAUCAUAAGCACAAUUUUUAAGGGUCUACACAAUUUUAUUCCUUACUUGAGGAAUAUAUUUAUUCAUACAUAGACCAGUAGCUAGUCUUGCAUUGCUACUUAAGACCACUCUAGACACAAUAAUUAUUGUAGUAGACUACUGCCAUCAGUAGUUUAAGCUUUUAAAAACACAGGUAGUUUUUGAUUGAUAGCAGUUUAGUGGUGCCUUUGAUAUUGCAUGUUGGGAUUCUUGUGUUCAGUUCAAUGRAAAUAAUAUGACAUGAAUGCAUUCCUUAACUGGAUUGUCUUUUUCCUCUUGAGUUUAAGCAUUACUUUGYGUUAUUUGACAAAAAAAGGAAUAGUAAUAAAGAAUAAGAAUUUGAAUUCAAUCUUCUUUGAUAUUCAAAGAAUAAAUAAUAUUAUUAAUAAUUAUAAAGUUUUCRACCAGCUUUUUAUAUUUUCAAGCGUUUGUAAACUAACGUGUUUCAUAUURAAGACUUUUCAGAGAUAAGCUGCUGCAUUCUUAAAUUCAGUAAAAAUAGAUGUUACUAUAGGCAUGUUUUUACGAUAGUUGAACAAAAGUAAAGAGAAUUAGCAUAAAAUAGUAUAACUUCUGUAUGUAUAAUAUAUUAUUUGUUUGCACUCAAUUUCAAAAAUUCUUGUUGUUAUACACACUKUACUAGUGAAAUGCAGGACGUUUAGAGGAAAAAUUUAAGUGGAAAAAUAGUUUUAUAGAUUUUGGUUAUUGCAGACACCACUGCUAUUUGUAGUGAAGAUUUAUCAAUGCCAAAAGCAUUAUAAUUGACAAAUUAUGCAACAAGUCAAUGUAUGUAUAAUUCCAGCUCCAAAAUACAUAACGAAAUYUCAUUAAAAGUAAAUGUAUAUUUUGUUC